AUGGAAGGAAUUAAUACUCGCAAGACCGGUGAAAUGGUCAAUAUUAACGCGCUUGCUACCGAAGCGCUGAGGCCUGGAUCGACGGACGAUAUUUUCGUUCAACAUGGCGGACUUCUCACAGAGCUAUGUGCGCGGUGGAUACAGUCUGGCGCGAAGACCGACGCGAAGGUUGCAGCUUUUGGACGAUUACUACCAUUUGCGCCUCAUCUCGCAGAGCACGUGGAGCGAUUUCUAUCACAUACGUCAGAUUCGCCAGUGAUUGGGUCUAACGCUUCAAAUCAUGCGGCCACAGCGAUUCAAGAUUCGGAUUUAAUAGAAGUUCUGUUGGGAACCUUCCGACUCCUCAGCUACGACUGCAAGAACUUUACCCAUUUUGUACGACCACUAGCUCUGGAGAGCCUUUUCCACCACUCGAGCCGCAUUGUGCGGUAUCUGGCCAUACGGACGCUUUGCAUCUACGUGCACACAGCGGAUUAUGCCACCCAAGAGAUUAUGAAGAACUUUGUUGGAGACGGGGAGAUUGAAGGCCCAUGGGAAGGGCAACAAAUCGACUACCGGUUCUUGUCGUUAUGGGAAGAGAAGCGAUGGAAAGACUUGCAAAAGAAGUUGAGCCAGAACAGUUUCACUGAUGUGACUCAGGCAGUAGCUGUGCAACAAGACCUGUCACCAUAUACGGUCAACGUCAAUGGUGUCCUGUUGCCUCGAUUAGACGGUGCACCAUCCCAGGAGAGGCCUACUGAGCUGGUUCCGACUGCUACUACAGAACAGAACUUGAAGAAAAUCGCCUAUGGACUUCUUGAAUCUAGCCCAAUCCUACUCACUGGACUCGCAGGCUCAGGCAAGACGCUUCUUACCCGCCAUUUCGCAUGGCAACUUAACAAGCUGGAUAAGAUGGUUACCCUCCAUCUGAAUGAACAGAGCGACGCCAAACUAUUAAUUGGCAUGUACACAACCGGCGCCAAACCGGGAACGUUCGCAUGGCGCGCAGGUGUGCUUACUACGGCUGUUCGAGAAGGAAGAUGGAUCUUCAUUGAAGAUCUCGAUAGAGCACCAAACGAGGUCAUCAGCACCCUGCUACCGCUCAUCGAGCGCGGUGAGCUGCUCAUACCUAGCAGAGGAGAGACCAUACGAGCGGCACGUGGUUUCCGUAUCAUCGCGACCAUGCGAAGCACCCUCAACCCACGGGGCAAAGAGAUCAUACCCCGUCAGAGUAUGAUCGGUCAUCGAUUCUGGAACCCAAUUACUGUGCAAAUGCCACAAUUAGACGAAUUCCGCCAAGUGAUACACGCCAAGUAUCCUGCCCUGCAGAAACACCUUUCCGGCAUCAUGGAAGUCUAUGCGCGAUUGAUGGAGCUGUACUCAGAUGCAAAGUUCUCAUCCGAGAACGGUACGUCGCUUCGAGCCAUGACGCCACGAGAUUUGCUCAAGUGGUGCGAUCGGAUAGCAGUGCUUCUUGGACAAACCGCAUCUUUCAACAACGCACAAAAGGACGACAUAUUCAUGGAGGCAUUCGACUGCUUUGCUGGAAGUCUCCGCACCGAGAGCGCUCGGCUGAAGGUCAUGUCAUGUGUGGCUGAAGAGUUACAUAUCGAUCCCCAGCGACGUGAUCACCUACUACGAAAUCGUGAAAUCAAGCUUCAGGUACCUUCGAAGAUCACGGCAUCUGGUGCUAUCCAAAUUGGACGAGCGAGACUGUCCAAGCAUAAGUCCUCGAAGAAACUUGGCUCAGGGCGACCGUUCUCAACCAACGACUACACCCUACGGCUACUCGAAAAGGUAGCUGUAGCAGUCGAUCGCCAGGAGCCACUUCUAUUAGUGGGUGAGACGGGAACCGGAAAGACUACAUGCAUUCAGUAUCUGGCUGAGCAGCUUGGCCGAAAACUGGUAGCUUUCAAUCUGUCACAGCAAAGCGAGAGUGGCGACUUGCUUGGUGGAUUCAAGCCUGUCAAUGUGCGCAGCCUAGUGAUUCCCCUCAAGGACGAAUUUGACGAGAUUUUCGAUACUACGUUCUCGAGAAAGAAAAAUCUACGGUUCAUGGAAAUGCUCGGGAAACGCGUCGCAAAAGGCGAGUGGAAGCGCGUGUGUGCACUCUGGCGCGAGGCACUGAAGAUGGUAGACGCCGCCCGGAAGUCGCACGAAUCACAGACGUCGUCCCCAGAUCCUGACGGUGGUCAGCCAAAGAAGAAGCGGAAGAUGGACUCAUUACCUGUCAACUUUCCAACGGCUCGAUGGGAGAAAUUCGCAACCGACCUCCAUGACCUAGAGGCGCAGCUCUCUGGCGGUUCAGAGGCAUUUGCUUUCUCUUUUCUGGAAGGCAAUAUCGUCAAAGCAGUCAGGAAUGGUGACUGGGUACUUCUCGACGAGAUCAACUUGGCGUCCUCAGAUACUUUAGAGGCGCUUACUGAUCUUUUGGGCGGAGGACCAGACGGAAACCCAUCGAUACUGUUAACAGAGACUGGCAACGUUGAACGAGUGGUCGCGCAUCCCAAUUUCAGAGUGUUCGCCGCGAUGAACCCGGCAACCGAUGUAGGCAAGAAGGAUCUGCCGCCAGGCAUCCGAUCACGGUUCACGGAGCUCUUUGUUGAGAGUCCAGACAGUGAUGAGAAGAGCUUGCGCAAUAUUGUGGAGAAAUAUCUGGGUGGUGAUGGGACAGAUCCAGCAAUAGUACGAGUAGCACGCGAUGUCACUACACUGUAUCUCGACAUCCAAAGGCUCGCCAAAGCCAAUAUGCUCGUGGAUGGCGCUGACCAAAAAGCUCACUUCAGUCUACGAACAUUGACACGAACACUGUCAUACGCCAGGGAUAUUGCACCUCUCUGCACCCUCCGUCGAGCCUUGUAUGAAGGUUUCCACAUGAGUUUCUUGACAUUCCUAGGAAAGGCUUCUGAAGACCUAGUCGCGCCACUCAUUACCAAACACCUGUUCCCUCAAAAAGCUUCCAUGAAGGCUGAGCUCGGAAAGCCCCUUCAGCAACCUUCGGAUGGUCGAGGCUACGUCAGACAAGGCCACUAUUGGCUUCGGCAAGGUGUACAUGAUGUGGAAGAGCAGUCACACUACAUCAUCACCCCUUUUGUUCAACGCAACAUGAAUAACCUCAUUCGAGCCGCUUCUACACGAAAGUACCCAGUGUUAAUUCAAGGACCCACUUCGUCCGGUAAGACAAGUAUGAUCGAAUAUCUCGCCAAACGAUCAGGGAACAGAUUCGUCCGUAUCAACAAUCACGAGCAUACUGACUUGCAAGAGUACUUGGGCUCGUAUAUUUCUGGUGCUGACGGAAAGCUCACAUUCCAGGAAGGUAUCCUGGUGCGAGCACUUCGUGAAGGCCACUGGAUUGUCCUAGACGAGCUCAACUUGGCACCCACAGACGUUCUGGAAGCCCUCAAUCGCCUGCUCGACGACAAUCGGGAACUUCUGAUUCCGGAAACACAGGAAGUUGUUCGGCCGCAUGAGGACUUCAUGCUCUUUGCCACGCAAAAUCCGGCUGGUUUGUAUGGAGGACGCAAAGUUCUAUCACGAGCUUUCCGUAACCGAUUUCUGGAACUACACUUCGACGACAUACCGGUAGAAGAAUUGACUGAGAUUUUACAUCGCCGCACUAUGAUUCCGGAAACAUGGUGUAAACGGAUUGUGAAAGUCUAUCGGGAGCUUUCUACACUUCGACAAGAGAAUCGCAUCUUUGAGCAGAAGAGUUUCGCAACGCUACGAGACUUGUUUAGAUGGGCACAACGGAAAGCAGACACCGUGCAGGAUCUUGCAAACAAUGGUUACAUGCUUCUUGCAGAGCGUGUGCGUAAAGAGGAAGAGCGAGUCGCUGUCAAGAAGAUCCUGGAAACCGUGAUGAGCGAGAAGGGCCCCAAAGUGACGAUUGACGAAGAGCGGUUGUUCAGUCCCGACAGCUUGUCGAAUAUUGAGGGACUUAGCAAUGGUGUGACCAAAGUCAACACUGCUGUUGUUUGGACACGCGCGAUGCGUCGCCUUUCUGUCCUUGUUGCACAUGCUAUCCGUAACAAUGAACCUGUCCUACUUAUUGGAGAGACGGGUUGUGGAAAGACGACCGUCUGCCAAUUGCUUGCUGAUCAGUUCAACAAUCGACUUCACAUCGUCAACGCGCACCAGAACACAGAGACUGGCGAUUUGAUAGGUGCCCAACGACCCAUCAGGAACCGAGCUGCCAUCGAAGACUCUGUGAGGGAGCAGGUGCUCCAGGCACUCACCGGAAUCUCAAGAGAAAGCCUGCAAAGCGAUCCGACUUCGCUGGGCUCCGAAGAACUUAUGGCGUUGUAUGAUAAAGUCGCGAAAGAAUCACCUGAUUCUUUCCCUGAUGAGGUUCGCAAAUCUAUACUGGUCAGCCGAGCCAAGGCCAGUGCCUUGUUUGAAUGGGCAGAUGGUAGCUUGGUACAUGCGAUGAAACAAGGUCACUACUUCCUCCUUGAUGAGAUCUCUCUAGCUGAUGACUCUGUUCUCGAGCGUCUGAACAGUGUUCUUGAACCCUCACGAAGUCUACUGCUUGCAGAGAAGGGUCCUGUUGACUCGCACAUUACAGCUAGCGACGGAUUUCAGUUCCUUGCAACUAUGAACCCAGGUGGAGAUUAUGGCAAGAAAGAGCUCUCGCCAGCCCUUCGGAAUCGCUUCACGGAGAUAUGGGUUCCUGCAAUGUCAGAUCUUGAUGACAUCCUGGAAAUCGUACGAUCAAAGUUGGAGCCUAGCCUAAGUCACUUCGCUGGAGCCAUCGUUUCAUUCUCACAGUGGUUCAACGACAAGUACAACACCUCCGUCGCAUCUUCGAUAUCGAUCCGUGACACUUUAGCAUGGGUGUCUUUCAUCAACGACAUGAAGCACGACGAUCCCAUUUUCGGUGUCGUUCACGGUGCGGCAAUGGUUUUCAUCGAUACACUUGGAGCCAACCCAGCAGGCUUGCUUGCCAUCUCUGCAGCCACGAUCGAUGACGAGAAGACGUCAUGUCUGCAUCAUCUGAGCAAGCUCCUGGGCCAAGACGUCGCACCCAUGUACUUUGGAGCCAUUGACAUUGCGAGCACUGAGCAUUUCUUCCGUUUGGGAUCUUUUUCUAUCCCCAAGUUCUCAUCGGCGGCCUCGCAGGCAUCGAACUUCGCGCUGGAAGCACCGACUACUCGUUCCAAUGCGAUGCGUGUAAUCCGCGCCCUACAGCUUCCAAAGCCAAUCUUGUUGGAGGGUAAUCCUGGUGUGGGUAAGACCACACUGGUCACUGCCCUGGCUAAAGCUAUCGGCAAGCCUUUGACGCGUCUCAAUCUUUCUGAACAAACGGACCUUAUGGAUCUUUUUGGAUCAGAUGUGCCUGUCGAAGGAGGCGCCGCCGGUACUUUCGCUUGGCGUGACGCGCCGUUCCUCAAAGCCAUGAAGAAUGGUGAUUGGGUACUUCUUGACGAGAUGAACCUGGCGUCACAGUCCGUACUUGAAGGCCUCAACGCCGUCCUUGAUCAUCGUGGUGAGGUCUAUAUCUCCGAGCUGGACCAAACAUUCUAUAAGCACCGAGACUUCAGGGUCUUUGCAGCGCAAAAUCCGCACCACCAGGGCGGUGGCCGUAAGGGACUACCCGCAUCCUUCGUCAACCGAUUUACUGUCGUGUAUGCCGACGUUUUCCGUCCAGAAGACCUCACCCUCAUUUGCCAUAAGGUUUUCCCUGGCAUCGAGGAGCACGAAGUGGCUAAGCUUAUCCGAUUUGUUGCAGAGUUGGACAACCAAGUGGUCAACCGACGCGCAUUCGGUACUCUUGGCGCACCUUGGGAAUUCAACCUGCGUGAUACCUUACGCUGGCUGCAGCUUCUCACCUCGAAAGAUUUUCCAGGUUCAGCACGCGACUUCUUGGACACUAUUUUCGCCCAGCGCUUCCGCUCAGAGAGCGAUCGUGUCCGGCUACAUAGGGUAUUUGAGAGCCAGUAUGGCGUCCACCAGCCACGCAUCAGUCUUUUCCACAAUCUGAGCACACAGGCUAUUCAGGUCGGCCUAGGCUUGCUACCACGCGACACUGCACUGGCCCGACCAGAUUCUAUGUCAACUCUGCGCUCCUCGCAGCUAGGUCCAAUGGAAGCUCUUUUGGUCAGCGUCAAGCAGAAUUGGCCAGUCAUCAUCGUUGGUCCGCCGGGCUCGGGUAAGACUGCUAUGAUCAAUCAAUUAGCAAGCUUUGUCGGUACGGACCUGAUCACCUUCUCCAUGAACGCAGAUGUUGACGCCAUGGAUCUUGUUGGUGGAUAUGAGCAGUUGGACCCCACACGAGAAGUCCAUCGAUACCUUGGGCAGGCGGAAGAAAUCAUACGAAGACAUCUCGCGACCAGCACAACACAUUUGGCCGUGCAUCUUCGACUAUUGGAACAUCUUCAGGAUGGCUCCUUCGCGAGCGACAGUGGUGGUGCGGUACAGUUUCUCGAAAGCCUUGCAGGACUCAGCCCUGAAGCGUCUGAGCUGGCCCACAAGCUGCACUCGUCACUUCAGGCUUCCCACCAACAAAUCGAUGGCGCACGUUUUCAAUGGGUCGAUGGAAUUCUUAUCCGCUCGCUUGAGCAGGGCAAAUGGCUCGUGCUUGACAACGCAAACCUGUGCUCAAGCGCUGUUUUGGAUCGGUUGAACUCGCUACUGGAGCCCAACGGCUACCUUUCAAUCAACGAACAUUCAACAGAUGAUGGCGAAGCACGCAUCGUGCGCCCACACCCAAACUUCCGUAUUUUCAUGACCAUGGAUGCGAAAUACGGAGAGCUGUCAAGAGCAAUGCGGAACAGAGCUGUCGAGAUAUGUUUGCUAGAAGGCGAUGAUAAGGCUAUUCAAAACGAUCGACCGGUGGUACAAUAUCCGCUUGACUCCACUAUGUACCGGUAUCGCCAAUUCCAAGAACACGAAGACCAUCUGUCGGCAACUUUGGAACAACGUUUCGAGCAUUUGGGACUCCAGGACAACGACUUAUUGGCAGGUUUUACCAAGCAAGCGCGACAAGGUCUUGUAUUGAGUUCCUCUGUGCUACGGAAUGGAUCCAAUGACCAUGACCACACACAAUCAUCACCCGUGGUAGUCCAAACAAGUAUCGAUCAUGGAAUUCAGCAAUUUUCUGGGUUUCUGGAGACAACAUGGAAACCACAUGCGACGAAGGUUUACAACAAGCUAGGAACAGAGGAGCUGAUAAGACUACGCUCUUUCCAUCCCUUGAACAACGAGCUGUUGCUCAAUCAUACGGAAGAAUCGAGGACACUGAAUGUCUUGAGUGCGUCCAUGUACGAGAUCAUGUUUGAUCUGUACAAGAUGCAACAGGCUAUCCAAGACCUCCCUUCCGCUCGAUUCGAACGCCGCAAAGAGAGGCAGAAGCUGCCGGCGUUCCUGCAUGCAUACUGGCAAGGUAUGGUCAAAGUCGUGGAAGGCUUUUGGAAUGCGCUUCAGCAAGACCAUCAAUUCGACAUCGCUUUCCUUAAGCCAUUGCGGACGUUGUUCUGGGCCUUCCACGCUCUCACUACUGCCUCCACGUUCGAUCGUGCCACUUUCCAGACAUAUCUGAAGAUGUUGGCAUCAGCUACUCCCACAAUAGCUGGAGAAUCAGGUGACCUCGUACAAUCUAUCAGCAAUGCACUCUCCAAGCAGAUCGGUGUGUUUGGGUCUGACGUUCAGCUCACCACUGGCAUGGGCAUGGAACAUAUCUGGCGCGUCUUCAAAGCCUCUACGCCCACGACCCACAGUCAGCUGAAUGCUAUCUUGGAACUAGAAAGCUUAGCUGACAGACUUGAUGCGGUUAUGUGGCAGUCAACUCUACGCGUGGAUGAGAUGAUACAGCUACGCGAAAGAGUCGCUAGCUCCUUAAGCCUCGUUCGAAAGAAUCAAGUAGAUGCCAAGGAACUUGUCACAGGUCUCAGUAUAGCUAUUCAUGAUCUGGAGCAGAACAUCGGCGAAGACAACAUGUUGAUCACUCCAUACUUCGAGGACGAAUUUGAGGGUCUCUGUCAGUUCCUAGACAUUGCCCGUAACGAUACCGAUACCGGCCGAGAUGUAUCGCCUACAGCAGCUGUUGCAAACACCCGCGCAAAGUCAGCCCUAUUUGCCCGACGUGCAACCAAACUCGUAGAUCUCGCGUUUGGGCGAUCUUAUCAUGGAUCGGUGCAUUUUACCAAGUUGUACCGCCAUCUCGGACUGACGCGCAAGUCAGCGAACGCUAUGCUGGCACAGCUCGACCGGUUCGAGACAGAAUUACAAGUCCUCUCUCAACAAGUAUCACUUGACGCUGGUCGCAUAACGAAAGACCAAAACGUCGCGCUGGACCUACUUUACAGGGAUAUUUAUAACGAGAUCAUCUCAUCGCACUCCAACAUAGUUGUUGAGGCGGUGAGUGGAGGCUCUGCUAUAGUAUCCUCGGAUGCCAAUAUUCCCGAUUUCUAUCGAUCGACUUUAGAGGCUGGCAUCGCAAACUGCGCUCGAUCGCACGAUUCUGUUGUCGACUCAGCAGCAUGGAUUCACUUGGGUCUUCUGGGCUUACAGUUGUAUGUCCCAAAUUACCCACACGAUCCCGCACUCAGGCCUAUGAUCGAACGCGAUAUGUUCACCGCGGAGAAAAAUUCACUUCUGAAAGCACUUGGUGCGUUGAGAAUGUUCCAAGUCGACUCUACUGGGCAAUACACAAGCUUCCGUAUCCGACAAGUCGAGGAUGUGAUCAACAACAUGGGUCAAGAGCCACCUGUGCCGGCUAUCGUUCGCCCUACCAUCUCCGAGCUCGAUGAUCUUCAAGGCGAUUUUACGAACUUGCUAAGCACUAUUCAACCUCUUUUGAACCAGUCAAUGUCAGUACGAGAAGCGGCUCAUGACAUCACCUUACAGCAAAACAUCCUGCGGAUUAUCCAGCGACUAACAGAAGGAUAUCGGGGAUAUGACGACAUCACAGAUAUCGCAGUCGGCUUUCUCGUUUGUCUGCAGGUUGGUCUUAACAUGGGUCAGAGAGAAGAAGAGAAGAACGUCCAGAGCAACGUCACCAAGAGCUUGGCAUACAUAUCAUCGCAGACGCCUUUCUUCGGCCGAUCCAAGCCAAUGGAGAGAUCGGAAUCGGUGUUGGAGAUCAUGGAAGAAAGCCUGGCUCAGCGCGAACAUGCUAUCGACCUCAGAUGGCAUACUUUGAAUUACUUGCUCGUGCUGAGCAAUACCGAUCCGGCUGCUAUGACUACACCUGUAGCCAGAAAUCUACUGCAUGAUCUGUUCGCUAGUUUGUACAGUGAUUGGAAAACCAAGCUAGUUCAAGACCAGGAGAAAGAGGCUCAAAACUCAAGUCUGUACACUUACCGUGGAAUGGAUGACGACGAAGUUGACGAGGACCCGACACUGUUUCCAGACUACGACGCAGAUCAGGAGGACGAGAUCAAGCCAACCAAAUUGCCCUCUAACUCUCGCGACUAUGCCAUCAGACUUGCCAACUUACAUGCCGAGCUCUUCGUUCAGGGCAGGGACGCCCCAGACUCCAUCAAGGCGCUACUAGAGUGGUGUGCUACGGAACUCAAUCGUAUAUCGGGUAGCAAGAGCCAUGGUAGCAAGCACGAAGACGUCCUGCCAACCAUCUAUCUCGCGCUAGAGAAGAAGAUCAACGCGCUGUCAACUGCCAGCACAGCGAGAACCUACAAUUUCUACUUCGAUGCCAAUCUUUCGGAAGCCAAGCGUCUCAUCCAACUUAUUCACCAAAUUCAGGCACGCUACCGCCAGAUCCGCAGAAUCUGGCCCGAACAUGCGACACUCUCCGAGGUUCUACGCACGUGCGAUGAAGCACUCGAAUUCCGGCAUGUCGACCCAGUCGCAAAAUUUAUUACCAAGGCUGAGAAACUCUAUGCUUACAUGCAUGAAUGGCAAAAAGUCGCCAGCAAAGAAUACAAUACCGCGAACGUAUUUGAUGAUCUUACUAAGCUCCUAGUCAGCUGGAGAGAGCUUGAACUUACCACUUGGGCUCGACUAUUCGACAUGGAAGAGGAAAAAUACCAUGACGAUGCUAAGAGUUGGUUUUUUGUCGCGUACGAAACGAUCAUUGCUGCAUCGGAGAGCAGCGAGGAUGAGAAGAGCCUGCAGACACAUGUCAAGAACUUACUCAAGUCUUUGGAAGGAUUCUUCGAGGCGACCACGCUUGGGCAUUUCGAGCAGCGAAUUAAGCUUUUAAGACAGCUUCGCCAACACGCAGCUAUGCGCAUGCAAGACGUCGAUGCCUUCACGAUUGUGCAUGCCGCACUAGACAACUUCCUCGCCUACUACUCGCGUCUUGAGAAACCGGUGCACGAAACUCUUAGCAAAGGUCGUCAAGCCCUGGAAAAGCAAAUCACCGAUGUCAUUAAGCUUGCAAGCUGGAAGGAUACAAACAUCGAGGUCUUGAAGCAAAGUGCGAAAGCUAAUCAUCGCAAGUUGACAAAACUCGUCCGCAAGUUCAGAGCAUUGCUCAAUCGUCCUGUGUCUGGUGUAAUGAACGCAGGCUUCCCAGAUGAAAGUCAUCUGCUGCAUGACAUCUCUUUGGAGAAUGUCAUCACUGCUACAAACCCUGAGGCGCUAGAACUCUGCGCAACCAAAAUUCCCGGAUGGGGUGAGAGGCCUACUCGCUUCAAGAAUCUUGCUGUCACGGUCUCGAUGAUGCGCAAUCUCACAACGCCAAAGACUGCCACUGUUGACGGCGCAUCAUACAUCAGCGAAUUUAUUACUGACCUCUCAGGCUCUAUCAUCGAGCUACAGAAGGCUACUCCCACUACGCUCACAGAGGAAAACAAGGCAUCCGUGCAACAUCUCAAGACCCAGAAGCGCAAGCUCUACGCCGAUACGAUGAAACUGCUGCGGCAGAUGGGCAUCAACUCAAACCUGAGUGUGGAUACCUUAGCAAAGCAGGAUGAGCUUUCGACAGUACUCUCAACUAUAUCUCUGGUGAAAGGGAGUGAGAGCAUUGGUCAUGCCGCUGAGUAUCAUCUACACAAAGCUCUCAAUAUUAUGCCUCAGGUCCGCGCAGCUACUAGGGAACACUCUGGUGAUCUGACCGCAAACGAUGUUUCAAGGAGUAUUGGUUACUUGGAGGGCUUGUUGUAUACCUCUAUCCGGCAGCGCAAUGUGCUCAGCAAGGCUGCAUGCAGUCUUGAACUGAUCAAUGCGCCAAUGGCGCUUGUCGCCGACCUGUGCCAAUUGGAGCACGAGCAAUCAACACUGGUAUCAGAACACGUAGAUGUAUCUGGCUUCGUACAGCCGCAGCUUCGUUGGCUCGCUGCCAUGCUCGAAACUGCAAGCGACGUAGUGAAUGCGCAAGCCAGGCUUGGGAAGACGACUGAACUUGAUGCGUUGAUCCGCGACUUGCGCGCUUGGGCCAGCACUGCCCGAGGCCUUGCUGAUGCAUACGACAAAUCGCCAAAGCUGCCGCUCAACGUACAGUCCUUGGCUUACCAAGAAGUCAACGAUUCCGUCAAAACUUUCCUAUCAGAACUUCAGGGAGUGUUCGGCGUUUACGCUAAUAACAGCGACAUUGCGAGGACUGUACUUCAGCAAGUCGAACCGUUCCUAUUCUGCUAUCCUGCUACCAACACUGUACAAGCUUCAGACAGUCUGCGCAUAUCAGUUGAUGCUUAUGCCAAAGAUAUACUCACUUCUCUGGAUCUUGUCCUAGGUUCAAUGCAGGAUGUGGAGGUUGCAAUGACGGGCAUUCCUGCCUCAACGGAUGACGCGUCCUGGCUCCUUAAAGAGGAGCAAGCUCUUUCAGCUGCACUGACGGCCCUACACGCUCCUCACAUCAGUGAGACUUUGCAAGCACUUCUCGACAAGAUGCAACACCUUCAUGAGGACGCUAACUUACAAGCGAUAGUCGCUUUGUUCACUUCCGUCAAGCCCAUUCUAGACCAAUACGUGGCAACGCACAGAUAUAUCGUCAACCGUUUCGAUGCUCUACAUGCAUCCACUGCAAACCUACUUCACCGCCUCUCGAAGUCAUUCAUUCAAAUCAGCACGCAAGGCUUCUGUCAACCUCCAGAGAAAUCGAGUGAUCCACAAAAGGGCAAAGAUGACAAGCUUGAGUCUGGUACUGGCCUUGGUGAAGGGGAAGGCGCUGAAGAUAUCUCCAAAGACAUCGAGGAUGACGAAGAUCUCGAGGAUCUGGCGCAAGAGCAGAAGGGCGAGCGUGAGGGAAGUAUCGAAGAACAGGAAGAUGCAGUCGAUAUGGGCGAGCAAGAGAUGGAGGGUGAGACAGAGGAGGUAGGAGAGAAGGAAGAUAAGGGCGACGAGUCUGGUGAGGAAGGAGACGACGAUGCGCAAAGUGAAGUUGGCAGUGUCGAUGAUCUCGGCCCUAGUGCUGUAGACGAGAAAAUGUGGGACGAUGGAGGCAAGGAAGAUGACGCCAAGGACAAAGAAGGGAAAGACGACGUAGGAACCGAAGACCAAGAAGAGCAAGUUGCUGCCGAGAAGAAGGAGGAUGAGAAGACUGGCGAGGACAAAAAGGAAGAAGCGGAAGAUGAAAAGAAAGAGGGCGAAGGAGAAGAGGAAGACAUGGAGAUGGAAGGCGAGGAUCAGGAAGAGAACGUGGGUGCUGGUGAAAAAGAACAGAUGGAUCCCCACGCAAAGGAAGAAGAGACAUUGGACUUGCCAGAAGACUUGAACAUGGAUGGUCAAGAUGACGAAGGCAAAGAAGACGACGAUCUUGGCGAUAUGGACAUGGGCGACGAUCUGCCUGAAGACGAGAUGGAUCCGGAGGUCGAUCCCGGCCAGCCAGAUACCAUGGAGGAAGACAUUGGCCCUGAGCAAGAAGGCGAGGAUGAGAAAGACACCACUGGUCAUGUUGAAGAUGAGGAACAGCCAGAAGGAGAGCAAGAAGAUGAAGGUGACGAGCCCAUGGAAGAUGACGCCAUUCCUCUUCCAGACGAAAACAUGCCAGAAGAUGAAGUUCGCGAUCAAAAAGAUACUGAUCAAGCUGAUCCCAAUGCCGAAGCUGGUGCAGGGACCGAAGCCAAUGAGGAAGCACACAAGAACAAGAAUGAGCAAGCUUCCGCAAGUGCCGCAAACCAGGACGAAGGUCAAGAGGGAGAAUCUGCCGAGCAGCAACAAGCACCAACGAUUGAAGACGGGCAGCUUGGGCAAACAGCUGCACCAGACGCUGGCGGACACGGAGAGCAGCCCGAGGAGUCGAAAGAAACGCAAUCUUUCAAAAAGCUCGGCGAUGUUCUUGAGAAGUGGUACAAUCAACAGAAGCAGAUUCAAGACGCCCAGGAGAAGGAUGAAAAGCAGGCUCAGCAGAUAGACAAAGAGAUUGACAUGGCUGACGCGGACUUUGAGCAUCUCGGCGAUGAAGAACAGCAAGCUGAUACACAAGCAUUGGGUACCGCGACAGAGGACCAAGCAAAAACUUUGGAUCACGACAUGGCGCUGCCAAUGAAUGAAGAGGAAGACAAGAUGCCGACUCGGCCGGAAGACAAGGACGAAGAGAUGAUGGAAGCUGACAAAGACACCGAGAUGGAGGAGCCUGAGACGCAGGAUCAAGACGAAGAAGCUCAGCAGCCGCAAUCGAACGCUAUGGAAGGUCAACCGCAAGCUUUCGUCGGCGAACAAAGACCCUUCCCCGACCAAGAAGACGAAGACAUGGCUGAUGCUGUCGGACUCGACAAAGACACUUCUUCUACAGUGUCUUCUGCAGACAACAUUGAAGCCCAGCUCUCGCUCACUCACCUUGAACCAUCCUCCAUGGACCCCACGUCCGCACGUUCCCUCUGGCUAGCUCAUGAAGCGUCGACGCAUUCGCUUUCCCAACAACUCACAGAACAUCUCCGCCUCAUUCUCGCGCCAACUCUCGCUACAAAGCUCCGCGGUGACUUCCGCACGGGAAAGCGACUCAACUUGAAGCGCAUCAUCCCCUACAUCGCUUCAGGCUACAAGCGGGACAAGAUCUGGCUAAGACGCAGUAUGCCAAGUAAGAGGAGCUACCAAAUCAUGAUUGCGUUAGACAACAGUGGCAGUAUGGCCGACAGUGGUGCAAGUGGUCUUGCACUCAAAACCCUAACACUAGUUACCCGCUCGCUAUCGAUGCUAGAAGUUGGUGAAGUCAGCGUCGUGGGCUUCGGGGACGAAGUGAACGUCGCGCAUGAGUUUGACAAGCCAUUCACUUCCGAAGCAGGUGUACGCGUCUUUGAGCAAUUCGGUUUCGAUGCUAAGAAAACAAAUGUCCGUGGACUGGUUGACAAGAGUCUUGAGCUAUUCAAGGAUGCUCGUCAAAAAGGAUCAAGUUCAGCAGGUGAAGACCUCUGGCAAUUGAUGCUCAUCGUCAGUGAUGGUCUUUGCGAUGACCAUGCCGAGAUCCAGCGUCUUGUUCGCAAAGCACAAGAAGAGCGUGUGAUGAUCGUCUUCAUCAUUAUCGAUAGCUCGGCCGGUGCUCCUUUCGUACCGGUACCAGCGCCAUCUGACAACCCAGGUUCCCAGCCGCCGGCGCCUGCCAAAGACCAAGCGAAAACCUCUAUCUUGGACUUGCAGUCUGCCGUAUUCACCCCCGAGGAUUCAAUGGGUCGACUGAACCUUGAUGCAUUUGGCUCGGUUGCAUUCGUGUGGAAGACGCUGGGUCUACCACAGGAAGCUCUCAACUCAUUACAUUUACCUUUAGAUGCCAAAUGCCUACCGUCCUCUUUCAAAGUCGACAUUCUCGCACAAUCCACCAUUGCAACGUCUGCACUGGCGGCAGCUCUACUUUGGUCCGUUCGGAACGCAUGCUCAAUACCACGGGUCACGGUUCCAGCUGAGCACGCGUGUGUCGAGUUCAAAUCUGAGCGACUGUACACUGUCGACGGGAAGUCCGCGUCCCCACCCUGGGGUACUAUUGGUGGAUUUCACAAAGCAUCUGAUGGAUAUGUGAGGAUACACGAUUCUUUCCCGAAUCAUCAUCAGAACGCACUACAUGUGCUAGGACUUCCACCAAAUGCGACGAAAGAAGAUGUCACUCGAGAAGUUUCGAAAUGGAAAGCUGUGGAAUUGGAGACCGAAGCAUGGCGACGUGGAGCAGUAAUCGCCGCGCUACGAUCUAUCGAUCAAUGGGAGGCUUUACCCCAAGCCAGCGCUAUCGCGGAUACCCCUGUUCUCUUCGAGAGGAAUGCACACUCUGAGCCGCAUAUGCCACCGCAGCCAACAACGGAAAUGACGAACAAGUGCUUACACGGUGUCCGCGUUGUCGAGAUGAGCAGAGUCAUAGCCGCGCCAGUGGCUGGAAAAACACUAGCUGCGCAUGGGGCCGACGUUAUAUGGAUCACAUCGCCAUCUUUGCCUGAUCUUCCUGAUCUAGAUAUCGACUUGUCGCGUGGCAAGCGCACAGUACAGCUCGAUAUCAAGAAGGCUGAAGACAAGGCAAAACUGCUAGAUCUGCUCUCCACAGCCGACGUUUUCCUCCAGAGCUAUCGCCCUGGAAGCCUUGCGGCAAAGGGUCUCAGUGCGGCAGAGUUGAUGGAAGCGAACCCAAGACUGAUCGUGGCAAGUCUCAGCGCGUACGGUCCUGAAGGUCCUUGGUCUGACAACCGUGGGUUUGAUUCACUUGUGCAAACUUGUUCCGGUAUCAAUGUGGCAGAGGCCGAGCACUAUGGCGCUAACGAGCCGAUGCGCGUCCUGCCCUGUCAAGCAUUCGAUCAUGGAGCUGGUUAUCUAUUGGCGACCGGGAUUAUAGCUGCAUUAUACAAACGCGCCACUGAUGGGGGUGCCUACGAGGUCAGCGUAUCCUUAGCUGCUGUCAUGAAAUAUAUGCGGUCCUUAGGCCGAUACGAUGGCAAAAGUGGAUUCGACCGGAGAGAUUUCAAGAAGCCGGAGGAUGUCAAGCAGUAUCUAGAAUCGCGACACACAUAUCUCGGGGUCCUCGAGGCAGUAAGACACUCCGCCUGCAUUGAGGGCCUGUCCGUCGGUUGGGACAUCAUGCCGAAACCAUUGGGUAGUGAUACGGCGGGUUGGCUUUGA